ACUUUAUGAGAGGGAGUUUGGUCGGUGCAGUUAUAGGACCCACACGCUGCACUUUGGGUUGGAAAGCCGUCCACACAUAAUCACACGCAUCAAGUUCCCCCCGUGUUGAUUGGCAGGAGAAGGAGACUGCAUCAAAGGACAACGACCAACAUUGCAACAUGGAAUGCUGUUUUGAGAAACGCCAAGAUACGCAAGUAGGGUCGGCCGAGUUGCCGGAACUUGGAGGCGCAGCAAAGACAGAAGACGGCACUGAUGAGCCCAGUGGUCGUGGGAAGAAGUUGGAAAUCGUCGGCGGACAAGUGUACCUUCCACACCCAAAUAAGCCAGGUGAAGCGGUGGACUUCGGGGUGCGACAUGAUGACAUCGAUGGGAAAUUCGUCCUGUCAGAGACGGUGGGAAAUAGCCUGGCUCGCGACGCAGGAAUUCACGAUGGCGAUGUUCUCGUAGGCAUCAACGGCACAAACAUCGAGGGGUGCCAAGUCCAAUAUCUUCUGGACCUGCUCCGUGAAGAUGUGAAGCCCAAGCUGCUUUUGACCGUUAAGCGCCAGUUGGAUGAAGAUAAGCACGUGUUCGUGUGGACUUACUUCGAAGUUGUCGUGGAAAACGAAAACCAGCCGGAGGUGCGUAUUCUGUACUUGACUCAGACGGCUGAAGAUGUCAUGCCAUGGAUAAAUCCUGGUCCACUGGAGACCGGGUAUAGCUGGCUUGGAGUACCCUCUCCUGCCUACAAUAUAUAUCUCAGGGGAAACCCAGCACUUUAUCUGAGCAUUGACGACGGAAAAGUGGAGUUCUCGUCGACAUACAACAAUAGUACAAGUUUGUUCUACUUCUAUAUCUACGUCGGUCCAGGACCACCAGAUGACGGCAUUAAGGUCGCGUACUCUCUGCAGCAAUUCGGGAACGCAGUGACCCCCUCUACUACGCCAGCGGCUGAAGUUAUACAACCUGGUGCCGAUCCCACGUUAGAUGCGAUGGAUUUCCCAUAUUCUAUGUUGGGAAACGACGUUCCGUUGAACCCUCGUUUCUGGUACCUAAAGAUGAACGUUUCUGGUACCGGUGAAAAUUCUCUUCAGAGCAUCGAGCAAACAGGUUGGUACUUGGCAAAGAGUACUUCGAGUAAUGAUGCUACUCUAUCAACUCAACCACAAUAUUUCGUGAUGGCGCGAGCUAAUAGCAACAGCAGUUCCAGUGACGAUUGUUAG